GGAGGCGGCGGUCCCGCGCGUUCCCCAACAGCGGCGGCGGGGGCGCGGGGGCGCCGUCGGGUACGGUCCCCGUGCUCUUCUGCUUCUCGGUCUUCGCGCGGCCCUCGUCCGUGCCCCACGGCGCGGGCUACGAGCUGCUCAUCCAGAAGUUCCUCAGCCUGUACGGCGACCAGCUCGACAUGCACCGCAAAUUCGUGGUGCAGCUCUUCGCGGAGGAGUGGGGCCAGUACGUGGACCUGCCCAAGGGCUUCGCGGUGAGCGAGCGCUGCAAGGUGCGCCUCGUGCCGCUGCAGAUCCAGCUCACUACCCUGGGAAAUCUUACACCUUCGAGCACCGUGUUUUUCUGCUGUGAUAUGCAGGAAAGGUUCCGACCAGCCAUCAAGUAUUUUGGGGAUAUUAUUAGUGUGGGACAAAGAUUGUUGCAAGGGGCCCGGAUUUUAGGAAUUCCGGUUAUUGUAACAGAGCAGUACCCCAAAGGUCUUGGAAGCACUGUUCAAGAAAUCGAUUUAACGGGUGUGAAACUGGUGCUUCCAAAGACCAAGUUUUCCAUGGUGUUACCAGAGGUGGAAGCGGCGUUAGCAGAGAUUCCUGGAGUCAGGAGCGUUGUGUUAUUUGGAGUAGAAACUCACGUGUGCAUCCAACAAACAGCCCUGGAGCUCGUCGGCCGAGGUAUUGAGGUUCAUAUCGUGGCUGACGCCACCUCAUCGAGAAGCAUGAUGGACAGGAUGUUUGCUCUCGAGCGUCUUGCUCGAACUGGGAUCAUAGUGACGACCAGCGAGGCUGUUCUGCUACAGCUGGUGGCGGAUAAAGACCAUCCGAAAUUCAAGGAAGUCCAGAACCUGAUUAAGGCGAGUGCCCCAGAGUCCGGUCUGCUUUCCAAAGUCUAGGACAUGUGAAGGACUGGGUGCCACUCACCAUCAGGGGGCAGGGCCGUAACCCCACAAGCUCUUGUCUCUACUAGAAUUAAAAUGUUAAGUCAAA